AUGGGGGUGAAGGAAUUCCUACGCAUGAGUAAUGGAGAACAAGAUACAAGCUAUGCUCAGAAUUCUUUCAAUAGAUCGGUGAUAUCAAUUGCAAAACCUAUCCUAGAGAAGGCCAUUGAAGAUCUCGUCAAUGAGGGUCUUCCCUCUAAUGUCUUAACCAUUGCGGACUUGGGUUGCGCCUUCGGUCCUAAUACGUUCACGGUGAUCACUACGAUCAAACGAAAAGUAGAGAAAAUGUGCAACGAAUUAGGUGUAAAGCAGCUUGAGCUUCAAGUUUUCUUAAAUGAUCUUCCGGAAAUGAUUUCAACUCAACGUUCAAAUUCUUUUUUAAAAAUUAUCAACAACUUGAAGGAGAAAGGAUCGGCGAGGAUGGUUCCACCAGGGCUCACAAGUGAAGUCGGUAUUCCAAUAAACAGGGGGAAAAUCUACAUCUCCAAUACUAGCCCCUCUCCUGUCAGCAAAGCUUACCUGGAACAAUUUCAAGAGGAUUUUACUUCGUUCAUCAAGUUGAGAUCAAAAGAGUUGAUCCUCAAUGCUCGUAUGGUCUUGAUACUUCAUGGUAGACAAGGCGCGACCCUUCCUUAG